AUGGAUUUUACGGAUCCAGUUGUGGUGAAGCUUGUGGAAAUUGCAAUCAAAGUACAUGUAACAAAACCAACGGACACUGUCUCACUGGGUGUCAGGAGGAGUGGAAAGGUGUCAGAUGUGAUGUUGUACUUCAAAGGUUACUUGGCCCAAUCAUCAAAUGAAGAUCAAUUGACAAGUCUGGACUAUGCUGUUGAUAAUGUAUAUUACAACGCAAUCCAAACCAGCCAUGAUGUUAAAAUAGAGGAACUACAGAGUUACAUUGCAGCAAAAAGUGCUGGUGAAAAAUCUUUGUUUUACCUGGAAUAUAAGAGACUACCAACUGAAGACCUAGAGAGCUGUCACACUGCCCAGAAGAAAGAAAACAUUACGAAGAAUCGUUUCAAAACGACAUUUCCUUAUGAACAUUCCAGAGUAAUCCUUAAAGAAAAAUGGAAUAAAGAUGACAAUGACUAUAUAAACGCAAAUUAUAUUAGGGAUUUAUACGGGGAAAAUCGCUUCAUUGCAACACAAGGUCCUCAGAAGAAUACAAUUAUUGACUUUUGGAGAAUGAUAUGGCAAGAGAAUAUUGCAUUCGUUCUUAUGCUGACAAAUCUUGUAGAAAAUGGGAAGAACAAAUGCAAGGAGUACUGGCCCAAUAAAGAUCGCUCUAUGAACAUCGGUCCAUGUAAAAUUCGCCUUUUGGAAGAAACUACCUAUGCUUUCUUUACUGUUCGGAAGUUCUCACUUCAGAGAGAAAACUCAAACUCCUUGAGAACAAUCACACAGUUCCAUUACACAGCUUGGCCAGAUCAUGGCACUCCAGAGGAGAUAGGAAUUAUUCAGUUCCACAGAACUGUUAUCAAAAUUUACCAAGCUAGAUCUCCAUUACUGGUUCACUGCAGUGCCGGAGUGGGCAGAACAGGAACAUAUAUUGGUCUGAAUGUGUUACUACAUCAAGGAAGAGAAACGGGGUGGAUCAAUGUCUUUGAUUUUGUAAAGCAAAUGAGAGAGGAUCGUAUGAACAUGGUUCAAACAGUUGAGCAGUAUGUAUUCUUGUAUAAAGCAUUACUCUGUGGAUUUCAAGAUCAAGAAACUGUGAUCUUUGAACGUGAUCUUCAAGCUAAAGUACUCACCCUUCUGAACGAUGCAUCACCUUUUAAUCAACAAAAACUGAACAAAGAGUUUCAGUUGUUAGUGGCUUUGAAACCCUUUUAUGAUAAUGUGAUGAAAGAAGAUGCUGUGAAACCCACAAACAGAGCAAAAAAUGUGGAUAUGAAUAUUUUGCCAGCAUCAAAAUACAGACCUUACUUAACAUCCUAUGUUAAAGGAAGAAAUGACUACAUCAAUGCAGUGUUUGUUUCCACUUUUACUACCCUAUAUGGAUUCAUUGUGACCCAGAAGCCUCUUCCUGAUACAGAGGUUGAUUUGUGGAGAUUGUGCAGGGACCAUGAAGUCGAAUCAAUGGUGGUUCUGAAUGACGGUGAAGUGGAAGCAAACUGGCUACCUAAUGGAGGAAAAAAGCUUCACUGUAAUCCUUUUAUCAUAAGUGCGAAAAAUAAUGGGUUUGACUGUCAUGGUAUCCAACAAGAUCGUCUUCUUAUAUCAACAGACGAUUACAAAUCGUACAUUGAUGUCUUUCAAAUUCCAUCUGGAAAUGAUGAGGCUUUAUUGAAAGGUGCAAAUAUGCUUCUAGAGAAAGGAAAUGCAUCAACUUCUCUUGUCAUAAGCAGUAAUGGUGCUGGUCCAGCUGGGAUAUUCUGUGUUUUACAUAACGCCCUUCAACAGCUUCGAAUGGACGGAGAGGUGGAUAUUUUUACAAGAGUCCGACAGAUACAAACAAGGAGACCAGAAGUCAUCUCAACGCUUGAAGAGUACAGGAGGUGUUACCAAAUACUUGGUGGAUCUUUUUCAUCGGAGGGGAUAUAUGCUAAUGCUUAA